UUGAGCUAAUUUCGAUUUUCCAGGUAUCUAGGACAGACUUCUCCGAUCUUAACUGCAUUUUCUGCUGGACAAGCGGCUGCCUUUAAAAUGUUUGAAACAAUAAAGAGGCAGCCAAAUAUUGAUGCUUAUGACACUGCUGGUAUGCAGCUAGAUGAUAUUUAUGGAGAUAUAGAAUUUAGGGAGGUUUGCUUUAGUUAUCCUUCAAGACCAAAUGAAAUGAUUUUCAAUGCAUUUUCUAUUUCAAUAUCAAGUGGCACUAGCACAGCUUUGGUAGGGCAAAGCGGGAGUGGCAAAUCGACGGUUAUUAGUUUGAUAGAGAGAUUUUAUGAUCCACAGGGUGGUGAAGUUCUCAUUGACAAUAUCAACCUCAGAGAAUUUCAACUGAAAUGGAUCAGACAGAAAAUAGGCUUAGUCAGCCAGGAACCGGUUCUCUUUACUUGUAGCAUUAAGGAGAAUAUUGCCUAUGGUAAGGAUGGAGCAACAUAUGAAGAAAUUAGAGCUGCAGCUGAACUUGCUAAUGCUUCUAACUUCAUUGAUAAAUUUCCCAAUGGACUUGAAACAAUGGUUGGAGAGCAUGGAGCUCAGCUUUCUGGUGGUCAAAAGCAAAGAAUUGCUAUAGCAAGAGCAAUUCUGAAAGAUCCAAGAAUUCUACUCCUUGAUGAAGCAACAAGUGCUCUUGAUGCCGAGUCUGAAAGAGUGGUACAAGAGACACUAGACAGAAUCAUGAUAAACCGAACAACCAUCACAGUAGCUCACCGCUUAAGCACAAUAAGGAAUGCUGAUGUCAUUGCUGUUAUUCACCAAGGAAAAGUAGUAGAAAAAGGUACACAUGCUGAGCUCACUAAAGAUCCUGAUGGAGCUUAUAGUCAGCUCAUUCGGUUUCAAGAAAUUAAAAGGGAUUCAUCAGAACAGUAUGAUGCUAAUGCCUCAGAUAAACUACAGAACUUUGUAGUUUCUAGAAGAGAGUCAAGCUGGGGUUCAUCUGGGAUUGAAAACAGCAAUCACCAGUCAUUCAGAGUAUCAAAUCAUAUGUCUACUAGUACCACACUUGGUCUCUUUGAAACAUCAGAAGAAGGGUCUGAAGUUGUUCCUUCUGCAGCAUCACAUAAAAGUAAAACUCCAGAUAUCUCAUUUCGCCGCCUUGCUUAUCUUAACAAGCAAGAAAUCCCAGUGUUACUCAUAGGGACUCUAGCAGCCGCGGUAAUUGGGGCAAUGCUGCCAAUUUAUGGACUUCUAAUCUCCAAGAUGAUAAUUACAUUCUUUGAGCCUGCAGACAAACUCCGUAAAGACUCAAAGUUUUGGGCAUUAAUAUAUGUUGCCCUUAGUGUGGCUUCAUUCGCUCUUCAUCCAUUGAGGUCCUACUUUUUCGCUGUAGCUGGUUCUAAGUUGAUAAAAAAGAUCCGGUUAAUGUGCUUUGAGAAAAUAAUUCACAUGGAAGUAGGCUGGUUUGAUAAAGCUGAGCAUUCAAGUGGUGCACUAGGUGCAAGGCUGUCAACUGAUGCUGCUUCAAUUCGAACUUUGGUUGGUGAUGCACUUGGUUUGCUGGUUCAAGAUAUUGCUACAGUUGUUACUGCCUUGGUAAUUGCCUUUGUGGCAAAUUGGCAGCUUUCGCUCAUUGUUCUUAUUUUGUUACCUCUACUAUUAGUAAAUGGACAUUUGCAAAUCAAGUCCAUGCAAGGAUUCAGCACAGAUGCAAAGAAACUAUAUGAAGAAGCAAGUCAAAUAGCAAAUGAUGCAGUAGGUAAUAUCAGAACAGUUUCCGCUUUCUGUGCCGAAGAGAAGGUGAUGGAGCUAUACCAGAAGAAAUGUGCAGUACCAGUCCAGACAGGAAAAAGGCAUGGUUUAGUCAGUGGAGCUGGUUUUGGCUUAUCAAUCUUCUUUCUGUUUUGUGUCUAUGCAUGCAGUUUUUAUGCCGGAGCACAACUUAUUGAGAAUGGCCAAACAACAAUAACAGAAUUUUUUCAAGUAUUUUUCUCUCUCACAUUGGCAUCAGUGGCCAUAUCUCAAUCUGGCUUAAUGACUGCAGGAGCUAGUAAAGCAAAAACUUCUGCUGCUUCUAUAUUUGCUAUUCUUGAUCAGAAAUCAAAAAUAGACUCCAGUUAUGAAUCAGGAAUGACAUUGGAAGAUGUGAAGGGAGAGAUUGAAUUCCGACAUGUUACUUUCAAGUAUCCAUCUAGACCAGAUGUUCAUAUAUUCAAAGAUCUUUCCUUAACCAUACAUUCAGGACAGACAGUUGCUCUAGUUGGUGAAAGUGGAAGUGGAAAAUCAACAGUGAUCUCAUUAUUGCAAAGAUUUUAUGAUCCAGAUUCAGGACAAAUUAGGCUGGAUGGAACAGAAAUCCAAAAGCUACAGAUUAGAUGGUUUAGGCAGCAGAUGGGGCUGGUAAGCCAGGAGCCCGUGCUGUUCAAUGAUACCAUCCAAGCCAAUAUUGCAUAUGGAAAAGGUGGCAAUGCAACAAUGGCUGAAAUUAUAGCUGCAGCAGAACUAGCAAAUGCUCAUAAGUUCAUUAGCAGCUUGCAGCAGGGGUAUGAUACAAUAGUAGGGGAGAGAGGGAUACAACUAUCUGGAGGGCAGAAGCAGCGUGUGGCAAUUGCAAGAGCCAUAGUGAGCAGUCCAAGAAUAUUACUACUAGAUGAAGCCACAAGUGCACUUGACGCUGAGUCUGAAAAAGUGGUUCAGGAUGCACUUGAUAGAGUGAGGGUUGACAGAACCACCAUUGUGGUGGCUCAUAGAUUGUCUACCAUAAAGGAUGCAAAUUCAAUCGCAGUGAUUAAAAAUGGAGUGGUUGAAGAGAAAGGAAAGCACGACACCUUGCUCAACAAGGGUGGUACCUAUGCUUCUUUAGUAGCACUGCACACAAGUAGCAUUGCUUCAACUUAAGACUCAUACUUAUGAAGGAUUAUGAGACUUUUUUUCUUCAAUAUGGGUAACUAUAACUAAUUUGAGGUUUAAGCAUGGAUCCAGAAGCUGCGAGAAGGGCCAGAGAAUCUUUGGACUUGGCAUUUCACAUGUCUAAUAUUCUCAACACGGGGUUAGAUCGUCACUCUCUUUCUAUCCUAAUUGCAUUAUGUGAUCUUGGGGUUAAUCCUGAAGCACUUGCUGCUGUUGUCAACGAGCUUAGAAAGGAGAAGCCCCCAUCACAAUGAGAAUGAUAUCUCUUUUUCACUUUAAAUUCAUUUUUACAUGUUCUCAUUCUUAGGAUUUGUAAUUGUAAACUUUCUUGAAAUGCCUUAGUCUAGGGGGCUUAUUGUCUCUGCAUAUGUUACUUUGUAUAGAAAGUACGUUUUAUCAACCUGUGACUGUGAGUUCUCUAUGAAUCCUAACAAGAGUAGGUCCUGUCAGUUAAUUUUUCAAAUGUAUUUGUUGCAGUAACUUGGUGUCAUCUAAAAUCUCUAAAUAUUCAAAAUGCAAUUUUCUGGAAAA